AUGGCCCUCCUGAAGAAUAUCCUUGCUGCCGAGAAGAUGGUUCCCCUCGCGGCUCGAAGCAAGCGAGUCGUCGAGCGAGGCAGAGGGAUAAGAAAAGGCACUGCGGGAGCUGGUACAGGAAUAGCUUCCCUAGUGAGGCAAACAACAGAGUUUAAUACAUUAAGGAUAGCAGUAGAUGAAGAUUUAGCUAGAAUAGAAGAAUCAAUCACAGCCUUAGAAAAAUCUGUUCGAUCUUUAUCUGAGACCUACUUCCCUUUUCCUUUGCAGAUAGGAGAUGAGGAAAGUGGCUACAAUGAAAAUCUGUUUUGCAUUCCUAAGCAUCAUGAAGAAGAUUUUGAAAAAGUCCUCAUUCCUCAUGGACUCAUCCUGGACAGAACGACAGAACGUUUGGCUAGAGAUAUCAUGCAAGACAUGGGAAGUCAUCACAUUGUUGCACUCUGUGUCCUUAAAGGAGGCUAUAAAUUCUUCGCUGUUUUGCUGGACCAUAUAAAAACACUAAAUCAAAACAAUGAUAAAUCUGUGCCUGUUACCGUGAAUUUUGUCAGAAGCAACUCCUUCUAGAAUGAUUCACCUGCAGAAAAUAUUAGUUUUGUUGGAGAGGAACUGUCUACACUAAAUGGGAAGAAUGUGUUAGUAGUUGAGGACAUUAUUGAGACUGGUAGAACAAUGAAAGCACUGCUUUCAAAAAUAAAAGACCAGAAACCAAGGAUGGUAAAAGUUAUAAGCCUGUUUGUUAAAAGGAUAUGUCAGAGUCCAGGUUACAGACCAGACUAUACAGGCUUUGAAAUUCCAGAUAAAUUUGUGGUUGGGUAUGCUCUUGACUAUAAUGAAUAUUUCAGAGAUCUAAAUCACAUCUGUGCUCUGAAAGAGAAUGCCGAAGGGAAAUACAGGAUGUGA